CAGCCGCCAGCGCCGCCGCCAGCGCCCGAUUUGAAUCUCUCUGUCACCCUCUGCAGCACAUCCCUUGCUGGACUUUAAACGUGCCUUCUCGCCUUGCCGUGCCCUGGAAAGAUGUUGGUGCUUCUUGCUUUCAUCAUUCUCUUCCACAUCACCUCCGCAGCCUUGCUGUUCAUCGCUACUAUUGACAACGCCUGGUGGGUAGGAGAUGAAUUUUUUGUAGAUCUCUGGAGAAUAUGCGUCAACAACACCAAUUGUACAGAAGUCAAUGAAAGCCUUAAUGGUUACCCCACGCUGCAGGCGGUCCAGGCCACCAUGAUCCUGUCUACCAUUCUCUGCUGCAUGGCCUUCCUCAUCUUCCUGCUCCAGCUCUUCCGCCUCAAGCAGGGCGAGAGGUUCGUUCUGACCUCCAUCAUCCAGCUAAUGUCCUGUAAGUGUGAUAACUGGCUUCCUUGAACUAGCACUCCUUCCCAUCCACCCAGGAGGGAGGCCAGGGGAGGGCUGCCCCAAGGAUUUGGAAGGGAGAGGUUGGCUGGUGAGGAGGCAGGACAUUUUAUAUUAGGGAGUUGGCGGGAUGUUUCACAUUCAGGAGUUUGGAUUUAGUUAGGGGGUCAGGGAAGGCACCUGGGAGCCUGGGAGGGGGUGCAGGUUGAGUAGGGGUUGA